AUGAAAGAGAUGUACCAAGAGUUUAUGCAGGAGUACAAGGACCUUGGUCAUUGCCACGAGAUCCGUGAGGAAGACGAUCCGCCUGGCCAACAGAGCUACUAUUUGCCACAUCAUGCUUCCAUCAUGCAGCAAUUGUGGGCUGAUGGUCUGGGAUGGGACGAGACCCUAGAGGGCGAGAAACAUCUGUCAAUUGAGAAACAUCUAACCAAUAAACCCGAGAUGAAAGAGAUGUACCAAGAGUUUAUGCAGGAGUACAAGGACCUUGGUCAUUGCCACGAGAUCCGUGAGGAAGACGAUCCGCCUGGCCAACAGAGCUACUAUUUGCCACAUCAUGCUGAGGACGGGGCAGUGUCAGUUAGGCUGCUUUGCAGUAAGUCAAAGAUUGCCCCUCUGCGUCGUCUCACAAUACCUAGAUUAGAGCUGUGUGCCGCUGUGGUAUUGGCCAAACUGGUUAGUGUAGUGAUCCCUAUUCUGAAAACCGAAUUCCACGAUAUCAAGCUGUGGUCUGAUAGCCAAAUUGUGCUGGCAUGGAUAAAGAAGAAUCCGGAUCAACUUCAAGUCUACGUCAGAAACCGAGUUUUGGAUAUUAACAAACUGACUAGUGCCUACGAGUGGAAGUACGUCAGAUCCGAGAAUAAUCCUGCGGAUUUGGUGUCCAGAGGGUGUUACCCUGGUGUGUUGCAUCGUUCUGAUAUGUGGUGGAAUGGUCCACUAUUUCUGCAAGAUGUUAACUACGAUAUCCAGGAGACUCCGGUGAUUCAAGAUGAAGAGUUACCAGAAAUGCGACAAGCUCAAGUGUGCAACCCAGCGGUCGAUGUUGAAGACGAUCCGGUAUUCGAGCGGUGCGGAUCGUUUUCCAAGCUGCAACGUGUAUUGGCGCAGGUGGUGAGAUUCACUCGACUGAUACGAAUGAAAAAGGAGAAUCGUAAACAUGCUAGAUACAUUUCUGUGCAAGACAUGCGGAAGGCAUUGGAUUACAUAGUAAGGAUUUUGCAGAGGACCGGAUUGAACGAGGAGAUCCAGUGUGUUCAGCGUAAGGAGUUGCCGAAGCGAUUGGCGAAUCUUCAACCAUUCCUGGACGAAGAAGGUUUCCUUCGCGUCGGCGGGCGUCUACAAAACUCUAAAUUACCGUAUGACGCCAAGCACCAAUUACUUCUUCCACGCAAUCACCGAGUGACGGAAAUGUUGAUUCGUCAAUAUCACGAGGAGAGACUGCAUGAAGGGCCAUCCGGUUUGCUGGCAGCAAUAAGGCAGAAGUACUGGUUGGUAAAUGCUCGAUCUGCCAUCCGGAAAGUGACUCGAAGCUGCGUAAAGUGUUUCAGGACUAAGCCGAGAGGAAUUCAGCCCUUAAUGGGAAAUUUGCCGGAGGAGCGUGUGAAUGUAGCAGCAGCGUUCGAACUCACUGGUGUGGAUUACGCCGGCCCAGUGAUUGUGAAAGAAGGAAGGUAUAAGCCGAAACACGUAAAGGCAUACAUUGCACUGUUUGUCUGCCUAACAACGAAAUCGAUUCACCUCGAAUUGGUUUCGGAUUUGACAACCGAAGCUUUUCUCGCCGCUUUGGAUCGUUUUAUCAACCGUCGUGGAAUGGUUCGUAAAAUUAUGUCAGAUAACGCGACCAAUUUUAUUGGUGCUUCGAAAGAACUCCACAAAUUGUACUUGAUGUUCCGUGACGAGACCGCAAGAACGAAGAUCAACGAUUUUCUGCUCAAACGAGAGAUUGAGUGGGAAUUCAUUCCGCCUAGAUCACCCAACUUUGGGGGUUUGUGGGAGGCAGGAGUAAAGGUUGUCAAGUCCCACAUAUAUCGGACUUUGGGCAACGCAAUUUUGACGUUUGAGGAGUUCGGAACAGUAUUGACCCACAUCGAAGCCAUAGUGAAUUCCCGACCCUUGUAUGCACUGUCUGAGGACCCGAACGAGCCGCUUCCGAUAACACCUGCUCAUUUGAUGAUUGGAAGACCAUUGGAACCAAUUUUGAAGCCGUCGUACUCCGAUGUAGCAGUGAACCGUCUGUCUCGCUAUCAGUAUAUGAACAAUUUGCGUGAUCGGUUUUGGGCAAAGUGGUCGCAUGAUUAUCUAUCAACGCUUCAAUCGAGGGCAAAGUGGACAAAAAGUGAACCGAAUGUGAAAAUGGGUACUAUUGUGCUACUGAUGGAAGACAAUCUACCAGUUCAGUCAUGGAGGUUGGGUCAAAUUGUUGCACUUUACCCGGGAAGGGAUGACGUGAUCAGAGUCGCCGACGUGAAGACUGCAACGGGAGUAUUCCGGCGCUCCAUUCGGAAGUUGGCGCCUCUUCCUAUUACCGACAACGACCAAUCGAAGAUUUCCGCUUUUGGAAUGGUAUUCCAACCGGCGGGAGUAUGUACGCGAUGA